CUCAGAAUUUGCAAGUUAGUACCGCCCACGUGCCACCGGCGAAGUCAAAAACAGAGAAUGAGAAAAGAAGAGAAUCUAGACAUGAUACAGUGUUCCUAUUUCCAUCCUCACUUUGUUUUUUCUAGAAACAGGCAGAGAAACAGAGUGUUCCGUGAAAGAAGGGCUGUUAGCAAGCAGCAAAGAAUGCUAAAUCGGGUUGAGAGUGAUCUGUUCUUGUUGAGAGAAACGGUUUUUGUUAUACUGGAUGUUCCUCCAAUAAAACCGGGACAGUGCUGAAGGAAUGGAACAAGUAGACGAAAGUUUCGAAAAGAACCUUGAUGACAAAAUAAACGUAUAAGUAUCUCUUCUUUGUAACAACGAGUGCGUAUCUGUGCAGAAUCUGAGUUCCUUUGUUUCCAUGCGUAAACGUAACCACGAGGAGACAGUAUGAGGGACGAGAGCGAGCAUGCAGAUGGGCAAAUGGAGCGACAAAGUGAUAUUUUUAUGGAGAGAUUUUGUUCCUGGCAACAAAUUGUCAGGCAGGAGGAUUGCGUGUUGUAUUUGCUUCCCCUCCGACGCGGCAAUGAUCAUUCUUUAGAUUUGCUUCCGUAUCAUAAGCGAAAAGCACAAGCAAGAAAACGUUUUUUUUUCCAAACUGGUCAACUAAAAAAAGUCAUGUAUUGUUUCAAAUCGCGAAAUAAACAACUACAUUAAUAUCCAUCGAGCUAUCCUGAAUCCCCAUCUUAUCGUGUGAAGAAAAGACUUGAUUAUAGAGUCAAGCGGACGUUGCUUAUUUGUAGUUUAGAGAAGUACCUUAGACAUUUAGGUUAAGAAGAUGGCGGCUUCCGUCGCGCAGCAGCAGAUGGCUUCGGCCAGCAACCUGAUCGAGUUGACCCACGAAAGUGGAAACGUCCUCGGUGAACACGAUGUUGUCGGAAGCACUUUCUUUAUGGCAAGACACGAUGAAAUGAAUAACACAGCACAAACAACUAAAAGGGACGUACUGGAAAUAUGAAAGAGUCGCUGCUACACACGUCGUCUCUGACUGCAGUGUAUGUUAGAAGUCGCACUUUUUUGUGAUGGCAUGGUUCUUCUGAAAAGUAACAAAAAAGUGUGACAAAUUAUCCUUAUACACGAGAGUGAGGGAGACGUCCACUGUUCUUACCCUUCGACCUCAACUUCCUCAACUUGCACGCAUAUCAGGUUCAUUAGAUGGACUUAGAAGCGCUAAAUUAUAUACUUAUACACGAAUUGGAAUUUUUUUUCCAUUGUUUGUUCCAGGAGUCACUGCACGUGUAGCUUUCUGGCUGUCUAGCUCUCAACCUGCAUUGAUCGCCAUUCGAUUAUAGCCUAUUUAAAUACCACAUCUUCAGUUUUCCUUUUCGAUAGCCACAUCCCUCGUCUAAUCUCCACAUCGCAUUGAACGCGAUGUUCGCGUGCACAAUCUUCUUCUUUUUGGAGCGAGAUGGAGUCCCAAAGCAGUGGAAGAAGAGCAUUACCGUUGCCAUGCUCGUCACGGGAGUCGCAACCUGGAACUACAUGUAUAAUCUGAUAUUUAUUGUGAUGAUGAUGAGACUUUUUUAGUUUUUCCCAGUGCGUAGGCAACUGUUGUUGAGCUAGAAGUACUUGGAAUUACCACCGAAUUGAAGAGUGAGGUCUUGCAUCUUCCAGCAGGUUAACUAUUGACGUUGUCGGGUGAAACGAUCAUUGGAGGUAGAAGUAUAGGUGGAAAAUCUGGUAGAAAGUGUAAAAAUGUCAUGAUGGUUCUGCAAAAUUCAGAUUGGAUGUCUUCUUCGCCCGGUACAACUACAAGUCUACUUAAAACUACUCCUAACAAGAACAGCUAAAUUCUAAUCUUCCACGAAAAACCCUCACCUCAAAAACAGCUUCAUGAAGACCACUUGGGUCCGCACGCAGAACAGCCCAACUGUGUACCGAUACACCGAUUGGCUCAUCACCGUGCCCCUCCAGAUUGUCGAAUUCUACCUUAUCCUCGCAGCCACCACCAAGGUCUCAGCAGGACUCUUCUGGAAACUCCUCAUCACCUCCAUCAUCAUGCUUGUCGGAGGAUACCUCGGUGAAGUCGGCGCAGUGUCCGUCCUCUGCGGAUUCGUCAUCGGUACUUAAACUGUAGACGGAUGUCAUUUAGAUAAUUUAGGUCCCCGCCCGAUUCAACAUACUUUAUUCGUCGUAGGCCCUAGGAUGGGGGUCACACAACAGAUGUAGAAUCCAACCUUCGCUCCAAACAUGAUCGAAAAUGACGAACUCGUAUUAGAAUACACACAAAAAUUAGUACAUCCUCGUAAUCCCUUUCCCUACUACUAAAUCUAAAACCAAGGUAUGCUCGGAUGGUUGUACAUCUUGUACGAGGUUUUCGCGGGUGAGGCUGCCGCCACCUCUGGUGCAUCUGGCAACAAGGCUUCCCAGUCCGCCUUCAACACCUUGCGUAUGAUCGUCUCGGUCGGAUGGUAAUAUAGAUUUUUUUAAGCAUGUGUCUGCACCAAAAGGUUGUUAUUGAAUAAUCUGAGAAGGUCUGAGAAGAACAUUGGUUUUCUUAUAAUCUAAAAAAUCUAAAUUAUCUGGAAGCAAGGUCUGAUAGCGGUUCUAAUAUGCUCACAGCUAGAAGUUGUGGUUCGCUACAAACUUUACCUUUCCUUUUCUACUUCCAGCCAAGUUCAUUCUCCGCCUACUCAAACCAAAAAUGCAGGUCCAUCUACCCCAUCGGAUACUACUUGGUCUACCUUGGCCCGACCUUCUCCUACCACAGCCAGAGCUGUGUCAACGUCGUUUACAACUUGGCUGAUGUGGUCAACAAGGGUGCCUUCGGUCUCUCCAUCUGGGCCGCUGCCAAGUCUGACACCAAGGCCGCUUUGUUGAAGUAAAUCUUUACUUGUUCUAAAUCGGUCGUAGUUACUUAGACACUUACUUAGACUCCCGUUUUUAGUGGAAGUGGUCUAAAGGAGUAGUCUUUGGUAUGCAAACAGCAGUUACUUACUCUUACGACCCAUAGAGAACGGAGACAGCAGUGUUAGUGUGACAGAAGAGGAAUUGACACGAAGCACUGGCUGUUCUUACAGUAGACUUCUCUCGUAAAAAAACCCUGAGGUCUUUUGGGGGAGAGAGUUGUCUCUGACAGGGAUACUUUGUUACGAUUAGGUUACAGACACAAGAGUCAGGUUUUUAGACAAAUCUUCAGGUUAUAUAUAGCACAAGAGAGUCAGGUUAAUACAGCAACAAGAAUGAUGAACAACAACAGUUCACUGUUACCACGACUUCCUAUCUAUGAGAACUCUGAGCACACAAAGAAAUAAGGCAGGUUCGUGCGGCUGUAGGUGGUGACAGUUCGUUCCUGCCUUAGCAGCAAAGUAAGGGCAGAUAGUAGUGGUAGUAGUGGUUCUAGGAUGAAGGUAGUAGAUUUAGUCAACAACAACAACAUCAUGCAAUUACUACACAGUUUCAAGGGAAAUUAGACGCAGGUAUAGGAGAGGAGAGAUUCAUCGUCGUCUAUGAUAUGUUACUAGGUCGCAGCUACAGCAAAACUUUGGACACUAGGUAGAUGCUUCUAGUGGUGGAAAAUCGACAGUGUUUUCUCUUAGAAGAUAAGAGGAAGACACCCCAAGAAAUGCACUUCCGAUCGCGAGCGGACUCAGGGUCGUGCUGCACAACUACAACAUGAAAUAAUACGAAGGAAUACUCACCAGUGGCAGCAUUGCAGUAUUAUUCAUCAGGAGCGGGGUACUAGAAUUAGUGUCGAUCCGAGGAUGCAAAGUUUUGACUCAAAGAAACUAGAAAUGUGGCAUUUCAAGAACACGUGGCAUGUUGGACCGUUCUGAGACUCGAGUACUAUGGUCUCAAGUCUCAGUAGGGAGGAGCAUGCACCGUCGAGGCUCUUAGAGUCGAAGUGACAAAAUAGUCGACAAAAGUCAACAAAGUUAGGCAGGAACAUAGAAGUGGAUGUACACGAGUCGCAACCUACGGUUCGUGUGCUAACUCAAAGGAC